AGCUACCUGCUGCCUUGGUCACUCAAAACAAGUGAGAGAGCAGGGGAGGAGAGAAGGAACAGGUGCAGGACAGGUAGCUCCUUCUGGGGUUCUGACAGAGAGGAAGGAUCCCGCUCCUCAGUGCUGGGCUCCAGUGAUAGAUGGAAUGAGCACUUGCAAGCUCUUUUUAAUUUUCACUCACACGGCAAAACCAGGCUGCAAUGAAGUGAAGAAACAGCUUUGAAAGAAGAGGUGAUUUUCCCCAUCAGGUUUCUCUUCAAGGGAUGGCCACAUAGAGGUCCUACAGACAGCUCUCUGGACUGCCGCCCAUCCAUUGAAUGACUGCAUUUGAACUCAGGAAGCUGAGUUGCCUGAACCCAAAUUAUUUAAAGAAGAUUAGAAAGUGUCUACAUGCAGAACUCAAUAGCACAUUCAGACUCCUCUUGGAAUGACCCACGGACUGUGUGUGCAUCGCCUCUGAUACAGGUGGAAGCAACUGCUCUCUGGAAGUCCUUGCUUCUUCAGAAGUGUAGGUAGGAGAAGCCCAUGAGCAUGGGUUUUUGGCCAUUUGAUUCGUUUGGUUCUUGGAUGCUGUUGCUGUUGCUAGUGGCCCUUGCAUGCUCCAAAGCAUCUUCUGAUUUGAAUAAAUCCACAAAUUCCACCACCCAGCAUGGACCUAAUGCUUGGUUUGCUGCUGCCAGCUCAGAGCCUGAUGAGAGGAUAUCUGUUUUUGAGCUGGACUAUGAUUAUGUGCAAAUUCCUUACGAGGUCACCCUCUGGAUACUGCUAGCAUCUCUGGCAAAAAUAGGCUUCCAUCUCUACCGCAGACUGCCUGGCCUCAUGCCAGAAAGCUGUCUGCUCAUCCUUGUGGGGGCCCUGGUGGGCGGCAUCAUCUUUGGCACCGACCACAAAUCCCCUCCAGUCAUGGAUUCCAGCAUCUACUUCCUGUACCUCCUUCCACCCAUGGUGCUGGAGAGCGGCUACUUCAUGCCCACCCGGCCUUUCUUUGAGAACAUGGGCUCCAUCUUGUGGUGGGCAGGCCCAGGGGCCCUGAUCAACGCCUUUGGCAUCGGCCUCUCCCUCUACCUCAUCUGUCAGAUUAAGGCCUUUGGCCUCAGCGAUGUCAACCUCCUGCACAACCUACUAUUUGGCAGCCUCAUCUCGUCCGUGGACCCCGUGGCCGUGCUGGCCGUGUUCGAGGAGGCACGUGUGAAUGAGCAACUCUACAUGAUGAUCUUCGGGGAGACCCUUCUCAACGAUGGCAUUAGUGUGGUCUUAUACAAUAUAUUAAUUGCGUUCACAAAGAUGCAUAAAUUUGAAGACAUAGAACCUGUUGACAUUUUGGCUGGAUGUGCCCGAUUCAUUGUCGUGGGAUGUGGGGGAGUCUUUUUCGGCAUCAUUUUUGGAUUUAUUUCUGCAUUUAUCACACGUUUCACUCAGAAUAUCUCUGCCAUUGAACCACUGAUCGUCUUCAUGUUCAGCUAUUUGUCUUACUUGGUCGCUGAGACGCUCUACCUCUCUGGCAUCUUGGCGAUCACAGCCUGCGCCGUGACAAUGAAAAAGUACGUGGAAGAGAACGUGUCCCAGACGUCCUACACGACCAUCAAGUAUUUCAUGAAGAUGCUGAGCAGUGUCAGCGAGACCCUCAUCUUCAUCUUCAUGGGCGUGUCCACCAUUGGGAAGAACCACGAGUGGAACUGGGCCUUCAUCUGCUUCACGCUGGUCUUCUGCCAAAUCUGGCGGGCCAUCAGCGUGUUUGCUCUCUUCUAUGUCAGUAACAAGUUUCGGACUUUCCCCUUCUCCAUCAAGGACCAGUGCAUAAUUUUCUACAGUGGUGUUCGAGGAGCUGGAAGUUUUUCACUUGCGUUUUUGCUUCCUCUAUCUCUUUUUCCUAGGAAGAAACUGUUUGUCACAGCUACACUAGUAGUUAUAUAUUUCACUGUGUUCAUUCAGGGAAUCACCAUUGGCCCUCUGGUCAGGUACCUGGAUGUUAGAAAGACCAAUAAAAAAGAGUCCAUCAAUGAAGAGCUGCAUACUCGUCUAAUGGAUCACUUGAAGGCUGGAAUUGAAGAUGUGUGUGGGCAAUGGAGCCACUACCAAGUGAGAGACAAGUUUAAGAAGUUUGAUCACAGAUAUUUACGGAAAAUCCUAAUCCGAACAAAUGUACCCAAAUCAAGCAUUGUUUCUUUGUACAAGAAGCUGGAGAUGAAACAAGCUAUUGAAAUGGCUGAGACCGGUAUACUAAGUUCCACAGCUUUUUCUGUUCCCCAUCAGGCCCAGAGGAUACAAGGAGUGAAAAGGCUUUCCCCUGAAGACGUGGAGUCCAUGAGGGACAUUCUGACCCACAACAUGUACCAAGUUCGAAAAAGGACCCUGUCCUACAACAAAUACAACCUCAAACCCCAAACAAGUGAGAAGCAGGCUAAAGAGAUUCUGAUCCGCCGCCAGAACACCUUGAGGGAGAGUCUGAGGAAAGGUCACAGCCUGCCAUGGGGGAAGCCGACUGGCACCAAAAACAUCCGCUACCUCUCCUUUCCCUACAGCAAUCAACCGCUGAAAGCGAGAAGGGACACAAGGGCUGCCGAAUUCACAGAUGAUGACAGCUGCCAUCCCGGAUUCCCACCUGUCACGUUCAGUGUACAGUCUCGGACCAGGUCACUUCAGGAAAGAAGACAGGUGCAAGAAGCCAUCCCCAUGAAGAGCUUCCACAGAGGAAGGGAGGCAUUGAACUUUGAUGACCAAAGAACAGGCCAGAAAGAGCAUGGCGGUAGAGACAAGAGGGGGAUUUUAAAGCCCAAACCACUGUUUCACACAGUGGACGAGGAGUAUGCAUCUGGAGAGCAGAGCGAGGAGGAGGCCUCUGCGAUUGGGCCCAGAUGGACAGCUGAACAGAAACAGAAACACAGCAGGGACCACCACCAGUCCCACAGUCCUCUGCUCCAGAGAAAAGAUUUUUAAUGUCCACAGAUUGCCUCAGAAGUUUUCAAGAACCCAUCUUCCUAUUAUUGUGAAAGGAGAGAAGAAUUUUCAGAAAGAGGGUAGAGGAAAGCUAUUGAGUUUGCUUUUUUUUUUUUUUUUUCGGAAACAAUUAGUCACAUACCUAGAGGAAGCAAGAAAGAAGAUAUUUUGGAGGACUGGGAGCAAACCCAAGACUGUGUCACAUGCUUAACUGGUAUAUCUUGGUAGACGAAUUCCUUAUGGUUAAGAGCAGUUAAUCACUCCAGGAAUUAGACACUGAGAAUUCAUAAAAGCUUUCAAUCAAGGGCAUGUUGUUCAUGUUAUGUAUUGAUACACAGAGUGAUUGAUCAGCAACUCAUACUGACUAUAUGCACUUGCAACUCAUGAUCCAGUCAGCACUAGCAGGGUCCUUUGGAGUGACCUGACUCAACGUGUAGGUUUACAGAUGGGGAUCCCCUGUUUAAGGUCAUGUGGUGAGUGGUUACAUGGCCUCAAAAAUGGCUGCCCUCCCUCCCAAUUGAAUGCCUUGAAUUUUGAUUUUGAUAUUCAAUAUGCAAUAGCUGUAUUUCAAAGAAGAGAUUAAACUUUUAUAGCAUUGCUGCAUUGAUUCAGGAGCAAUGAUAGCAGAUGUGAUACGCAUGUCAGAGUUAAUCUGUGAAUGUCAGAAUAUUUAUUUUUAAAACAAAUAUUACAAACACAAUGGCCACAAAUAGACUUCAUAGUAAUGACACAAACAACAGGUAUGUAUUAGGUGUACAUUUUGCCACCAGGUUUGAACCCAUUUUAUAAUUUAGUCUUCCAUCAGCAUCAUCCCUAAACUUGACCUUGACCUCACACUCCAGAUCACCAAUUUUACUAGGCUACUUUAUCCUUCCUUCUGCCUUCCCCUCUUCCUCCUUUCUUCUCUUGUCUGGCUACCUUUAGGUUAAUAAGUACUUUCUGAGUAUUAAUUAUUGUGCCAAAUGCCUAACCUACAAUAAUCAAUUAACCACACAUCUUUCUAUCAUUCCUGGUUUUGGUGUCUUUACUGCCCCCAGCUGAUGUAGUUCUCUGCAUGGUCAUGAUCAGAGGCACCUGUUCCUUAGACCCGUCUUGCCCCCUUGACCCCUUGGUGCCCUGCAUCCAGUUGGAUGUGCCAUGGAACUUAUCUGUGAAUUCCACAAGUACAGGCAUGAAGUCCAUGGCCUGAAGGAUAGGGAGGAUGGUUUGUUCCUUUAAAAUUUCAUCCAUUUAUCAGUGUAUUUUUAAUCUCUUUUUUGUUUGCUUUUUUCAUUUGUUUCAAUGGUAUCUAUAUCAGUUACAUAGUGCCAUGGACACAGUAGAUUAUCUGUAAGGGUUGAACUGACAAUAGCUUUUUAUAGCUGAAAAGAACACUACCAAAGAUAUUAUCAGACAUUCUUAUUUUCCAGGUGACAAAAAUGAGGUCUUGAGAUGCUACUAGAUGUCAGUGCAGUGUCUGCUUCCCUUGGAGGAUGUGGACCUGUCCCAAUAACCUGUGGAUAGCAGUCACUGACUAAGGACAAAUGACUUUCCCCAGGAUUUCCAUUUUAUGGAGGACAUUCACUCAGGUUCAUGCUGCAAUGGUAGAAAUGGCAAUUGAAAAAGCCUACUUCUCUUUCUUUUUCUAAGCAUGAAAUAUAAUGCUAUGUGUUAGUUGUCUGAAUAUUUUGAUUUUAAUAGAAAUAAUACACUACCAAAUAACAGUAAUCAUUCUAAAGGGAUAGAAGCACGUGUGUAUAUAAAACUCAGGGAUUACAGGGUUUUUAUUUUUGUUCAACAAAAAAAUCAACAAAAAAUCAAAGCAAUGGAAAAAUCUUUAUGCCUCAUGAGAAGGAGGCAGUGAAUUCUGUUGUAGAUGGAGGUGCAG